CAGGCCCGCAUCGACCUGAACAAGUGGGCAGGGGGUGGCAACCCAGCAGUGGCUACCUGUGCAUAUCCAGCCGCCUUUGGCUUCAAAAUCUUUGCCCUCGCCGCUAGCCUGCAGGCUGUUUGCCAGCUUGGCUCAGAGUGCGAGCCCCUGGGCACCCUGGAGAGAGUGCGCAGCAUCUGGGGAGACUUCAAGGUGAAAAUGCACGAAAUGUCACCCAGCAUGCACUUGCCCCAGGAAGUGGCCAGCACUGUACGACGCUACGUCUUGGAGGAGUCCGAGCUCAUGACCAACCUUGUCCGGCGACUUUGGACCACGGAGGCACUUGCCAGGUGGGUACAGGCUCCCCUCGAAUUGGCAGCUUCGCUGCUCCGGCUGGCGCAGCACAUUGGAGAACGACGGCGGGUGUUGUUUUGGCGAAGCAACAUGAUGCUCUCUGUGGUGGAUUUUGGCUUGGGUAACUUUGCACAUAUCUUGGCACCACGAAGUGAUUUCCUUCUGACCCGUCACGGUGCUUUGGAAGAGCUUCUGGGCGGCCCACCUGCUGACGGACUCACACUUGUGGAGGUGGGUGUUCACUUGGCUCGUUUGGCGUUUUCCUUGCUGGGCCGUCUUCCGGGACUUCGAUAUUUGGGCCAUUGUCCUAGCAACAAGCUUGUGGUGCGAAGGCAGUGA